GAUCGAUUUCGUUCGGUAUAAAAAGAAACGGUGCCGAUUGGAUAAGCAUCAUAAUUAGAACUAACGUUCAGCUGAGCAGUUGCCUAAUAUCCACCCUCAAAGACCAAUCAUGAAGUGCAUCGUCGCUGCAGUCAUCUUGGCCCUGGCCACCGUUUCCGAGGCCGGAGUUACUCCGUGGGGUUGGCCCCAUGCUGCUGCCCUCCCGGCGGCCGUUCCAGUGGCUGCCUGGCCACAUGCCGGUGCUGCUCACUGGGCUGGUGCUCCCUGGGCUGGAGCUCAUUGGGCCGGAGCUCCCUGGGCAGGUGCCCCAUGGGCUGGUGCUCACUGGGCUGGUGCUUGGCCAGCUACCCCGGUCCAUGGACCAGUUGCCUCGGUUGCCCACCAUGCCGGAGUUGUUCCCGGAGCCACCUCGGUGACCGCUAACCGUGGAUCCGUUCAUGUUGCCCCCUUGCCAGGACAUGCCGUUUCCCAGCAGCAGCUCAACCUGGCCCCAGCCCCAGGAACCAUCUAAACCGAGGAGCCGUCGAUCAAGUACAAAACUAGUCACGCACAGACAGCAAUCGUAACCGGAAUACGCGACGAUAACCAACCCUGGACGAUAUUUCUGUCCUGAUUCUGAUGG